GUUACUUGGAUAGUCUGAGCAGAUUGGUUGAGCGCCUUAUUUAUGGGAGCCUCUGGAAUGGAAAAAGGAAAGGACUGUGUCAGGAUGAUGUGUUUUGUGGGGACAUUUGCAGAAGUGAAGCUGUUGAUUUGGGCUACAGUUGGAGGGGGGUACGGUUCCUGUUGGAGGGCGAAACCCCCCCCCCCUUUCCAUGAAUUCUGGUAACAUUGUUAAUGAAUGACCCAAAGCUCUCCCCUCUCCACAUACCUAUUUCUGUUCUGCCCAUUCGGUGGUGGUUCCCUGUCUUCUCCAGACACCCCUCCUCACACACAAACACACACACACCCCAAGAAUUGGAGCUGCCGGCAUCUGAGUCGCUCUCUCCGCUCAUCUCUUCUAGGAUCAGGUGCUUAAGGCGCCUGUUCCGGCGCUGCCACAGGGUGGCCCCCCAGCAAAGCCCAGAGCAGCCCGUGGCACCAGCUCUGCGGUUCCACAUCCCUUCCCCAGGGCUGCUCGAGGAUGAGCAAUUCUACAUCCUCGGGGUCAUCAGGAGUUGCCAGGCAGCUGAGCUCAGGGGGCUGCGAACCCUGAAGUGCUCCAAGCAGGAGACGGCCAAAGCCAUUCUGGAUAUCUUGGGGCCCUUGGAGCACUUCAGGGAUUGCCCCCUGACCCUGGCCCUUGCCUUGGAGGCCCUCCUCCAGCUAAGUACCAUGAGGCCCAAAUUCAGCUGUGACAUGAUCAGUGCGAUCCUCCAUAGGACCAUGGAGGCAGUUCUUCAGGGCCCAGAAAAGGAGGAGGAAAGAGAGGAGCUGAAGCGCCACUUCCGUCUCCUCCUUGGAAGUCUCCUUAUGGAAGCCCCCAAUCCUGGCACCCUCCUGCAACUUUUAAGUGACCUGCGAGGAUACGCCCUGGGGGAAAGUGGGGAGGCUCAACAACUAGCGGCCAGCAGCAUUUCAUUGCUGCUGGCCGUUGCCCGGAAAUUCCCCCACCUCCGAAUGACGGUAGUUCGGCCGGACCUGGCCUGCUUCCGCCUGAAGCCAGAAGAAGAUGACAUCAUCAUAGAAGAUAUAUAGGUAGAGCGGACACCAGAAAGAGGCCAACAUCCAAAUGCACUCAGCAGGUGACAGAAUGAUGGUGGCAAGACCUCCUUAUCCAUAUUUUCAUGGGGACAGAAGGGAUGCAGUGGCUGUGGGACCAGAUCAGGAUAUAUGAUCUACUCCUGUGUAACUCCACGUGCCUCGGUCUCGAGCUGAUUGAAGGCAGAGACAGGAUUUCAACGAUUGGUGAAAAGAAGAAAGAGAACUGGAAUAGCAUGGAAUAAAAACCAAUAUUUUUAA